UACAAAGCACAGGUAGGCCGGUUGCCAUGGCAGAGCUUCACUACACAGACAGCGGGUAGAUGGAGAACAGCGGCGCAGUCGGUCGUUUCCACGAUUCUCUGUCAAAGUUUAAAGUCUACGAGGAUUAUCUGGAUUCCAAAGUCACUUCAAUGGACCUAUUUUACCUAAAAAGCAGGGAGUUGGCCCGUAAGCUGGUGGAGCACGGCCACAAGGGCACGGUCCUGAGCAGGGAGGAAUUUGUGGAGAGGAAAGCAGCUGCACAGGCUGCAGAGGCUGCAAAGACCAACGCUUUCCACAACAAGGGCCGGCCAGCGACACUGGCAAGUGCAGGAAAAGAACUCAAAGAUAACUUCCUGAAAGCCCUGGCAGAGCGAGAGGAGGCCAACCGCAGUGGGAAAAUGACUUCGGUCAUUUUCAUAAGGGAUCAUAAUACCCUUGGACAGGAAGUAUCUGGCUAUAUAGACUACACCCACAGACUCAAGACCCAAGACUUUGAACCAUAUUUCAGUGGAAAGAAGAGGCUGAUGCCAGGACGCUCGGAUUUAUGCUAUUACAACUGGAAGACACAGGUGUCCACGUCCAACUCGAGCCCCAACUUCGAGGUGAUUUACGACGACCCCAACGGCCUUCUCUUCAAGAACAAGAGGGACAAGAAGAUUCUGAAUGUGGACCCUCUGUCGGGCCCCGGGGAGGACUCCAGCAGGACAUUCCUGCAGUCGGACCUCUAUGUCCAUGUCGUCAUCUACGACCACAACAUCAGGACGGCCUGAGCUUCAGAGGCUGCUACAUGUGGCUCGUAUUGGAGAGCGCUGGAAGCCUCUAAUUUGAGCGAGUCGCUGCAGUCGCACCAUCAUUUCCAAACUGUUCCCCUCAUAUCAUGCAUGCCAUCUGGGUGGAGGUGCUGCAGCAGAAAGAAAUGGCUGUAAACGGAGGAUUCCCAGAGGAAGCAGGGGAUGAACUCCAGUGGCAAAGUUUCCUUUUCCCAAAUAAAUUUUUAUUCCAGACGCGUUCUGGAUAUCUGUGGUUUGAUUGCUAACACGCUGUGGCAGCUGUCACAUUUUGAACCUGCUGUAGAAGCUUUUUUUGUUUUAAAUUAGGAUUCAGUCUAAUGAUUUUUCAUUCUCUUACAGAGAUGCUGUAACUCAUCUAACUCUCUGAAAGAAAACGAGUUCACAAGACGACAAACAUGCAUAUUUUGGAAGCUACUGUAUAUGACAAGUCAGAAGUUGUUGUGGAAAAGUUUUUCCAUUUCCCAAAAACUGAAUACUUUCUUCAAUUUGAUAACCAUCCAUCCAUCCAUUCUCUGUACACCACUUUAUCCUCACUAGGGUCAUGGGGGGUGCUGGAGUCUAUCCCAGCUGACUCGGGCGAAGGCAGGGGACACCCUGGACAGGUCACCAGUCUGUCACAGGGUCACAUAUACAGACAAACAAUCACACUCACAUUCACACCUACGGACAAUUUGGAGUAAUCAAUUAACCUCAGCAUGUUUUUGGACUGUGGGAGGAAGCCGGAGUACCCGGAGAAAACCCACGCAUGCUCAGGGAGAACAUGCAAACUCCAUGCAGAAAGAUCCCAGGCCGGGAUUUGAACCAGCAUCUUCUUGCUGCAAGGCGAAAGUGCUAACCACUACCCACUGUGCAGCCUUAAUUUGAUAACUAAAAUAUGUAAAAUACCAGAAAAACUUGAAUCCUUUUCUCCAUUCAGUUCCAAGUGUUUCAAGUAUUCUCUGUACUUGAAACACUUGAAACUGGAAAAAAAUUAAACUGAAUCCAUUCAGUUUCAAACAUUUUCAGUUGUUGGUGGAUUGAGAAUACUUGAAAUACCAGAAAAACAAGAGACUGAAUUCUUUUCUCCAUUCAGUUUCCUGUAUUUUCAGUAGUAAACUGAAUGCUUUCAAACUACAGAAACAUGAAUAUUGAAAACACUCAGAAAAAAUUUAACCUUUCCUGUCCAGUGGGAAAGGUGUUCCAAUGAGAAUUAAUGUCAACUCUGUCUUAUUAUGCCUAUUUUCAAGCAUUGCAUCAGAAACAGCUAAUAAGAACAGAAUUCAAAAGAAAUUCCCCAAUUUUGCAAAAAAUCUUGCACUCAGUUGAGGUGUUUUUUUGUCUUUUUUAAACAAAAUUAAUGCACUUCCUCAUUGAUGGAGACACUUUUUCCAUCUAAAUUGUGACUCUGGGAAUCGUUUUACACUUUUUACACCUUUGGACAUUAUGAAACAUGGUUGAUAGCAGCAGAUAUUCGAAAACAAUUCUCUAAAAACCAUUCCUGAAGACAUGUCUUCACUUGUCUCUCAUAGAUGCCCAAGUUUUGUUCCUUCUUUAUCUUUUUUUGAGGUUUUUCAGCAGUUGGCAAUGCUUCUUCCACGCAUAAAAGGAGUCUAUCCUACCCCGUUUUGACAACACUGCACAGCCUAAUUUAUUUAGUGAAGACUGAGGCCCAGUUUUUUUUUUUGUUUUUUUGGUUUCCCCCAAUCCAGCAGUCUCAGUUAGCGGCAAGAACCUGCACAGGGACCCCAGGCUGGUCCCAGCGUUGGGCCUGGCAUGUUUUGGGCUGUUUGUCUAAACAAAUUAAAGGCGUAAGAGCUUUGAAAGAUGAUGGGGGUUGCUUUUAUGUCCUCCCCCAGGCUGCGGUAGCUCCAAUUGGACUGGAAGAGUGGGUAAUGGGCUUAAAGCGUUCCGCAUGUUCCCAGAUGCAAAGCACACUUUGCAGGACAUCAAAGUGCUCUAUCAUUUACAUAUUAGUCUUCUUUUAAUGGAGGACGAAUCCAUGAAUAGUCCUCCGUAGGAGUUAUUAAGGAAGCACGGAAGACUUUCAGCGACUUGCUCCCUUUUAAUUUCUGGAUCAGCCGUUGGUAUGGAAACACAUGGUAGGAAUCAGUCUCACCACAAGCAUCAUUGUCUCUGUCUAUAAGGUAACAAAUUACAGGGUCUUCUUUAUUUGUUCUUAAGUUUGUUUUCUGUAGGCUCUGCAGACACGUGGUGGGGGGUGCGCUUUUUCCAUUUGGUCACAAAGAAACAUCCUGCACAUUAAACAAGUCUUUGGAGGCAUUUUUGUACAGUUCUAACCAUCGAGUACAGUAUCCGCAUAAGCUGCUUUAACAAUUAAUAGUUGAGUUUGACUCUCUGGAAUUAAAAUUACAGACCUCAACAACCUCAUUUUCAUGAAUUACACUGUGACUAGUCAGAAGUUUUUACUACAGACAUCUAAGACAUGAUUCCAAUGAGUCAAAACGAUAACCGUAAUCAAGUUUUGACCUUUUAAAAAUAAUAGCUGCAGAUAUUCCAGGCGACGUUAAGACCAGUCUGAGUUGUUGUAAUAUCAGUCCAGCAAAGUAUAGAAACGGUGUUGGAGUUUGUGGAGAACCACAGCUUGAUUCAUGAGACACUUGUGGUCAAAAUGUACCUGUGCUUGAAAGUAAAUCUUGUCAUAUUAGGGGUUUUAUGGUUUCAGUGCCAUAGUAUGUUGGAAAAGCAAGCGACUUCAACCUCCGACUUGCCGUAGUUUUUGGUGUAACUACAGAUACCUGCAACGUCAAAACUCCAGCUCAAGACGCUUGUAAUUACACUCUGACGAAGCAGAGUUCCAUUUUAAGACGCCUACAGAGUCAUCCUGACUAGUUCAAAUUUAAGAUAUCUGAAAAGGACAAUGUAGAUACCUUGAACUAUGGGAUAUUCAAAAGUUUGGGAUCAUCCAGACAAUUUCAUGUUUUCCAUGAAAACUCUCACUUUUAUUCAUGUGCUAACAUAACUGCACAAGGGUUUUCUAAUCAUCAAUGAGCCUUUCAACACCAUUAGCUAACACAAUGUAGCAUUAGAACACAGGAGUGAUGGUUGCUGGAAAUGUUCCUCUGUACCCCUAUGGAGAUAUUCCAUUAAACAUUUCCAGCUAGAGUAGUCAUUUACCACAUUAACUGUCUAGACUGGAUUUCUGAUUCAUUUAAUGUUAUCUUCGUUGAGAAAAAACUGACUUUUUCAAAAAUAAGGACAUUUCUAAGUGACCCCAACCUUUUGAAUGGUAGUGUAAGUUUAUCUUAUGAACGAUACUUGUUUUCUUUCAGAGAAUUAGAUGAGUUAUGGCCUCUCCUUUGUCUUUAAGAUAAUGAAAAUACAGCCAGAAGCUGGUUAGCAUGGCUCAGUGGGUAGAGUGGCCGUCUCGCAACCAGAGGGUUGCGAUUUGAUCCCCCGGCCCGUCGUGCUCAUGUCAAGGUGUCCCUGAGCAAGACACCUACCCCCUAAUUGCUCCUGAUGGGGUUGUGGUUAGCGCCUUGCAUGGCAGCUCCCGUCAUCAGUGUGUGAAUGUGUGUGUGAAUGGGUGAAUUCACACACACAUUCACGUCAAAAGUGUUUGAUAUUUAUGAGUUAAAAUCAGAAUGAUGCUACCAGUGGACAUUGUAGCCCUUAAGGCUAACGUUAGCUACAGAUACUAAAGCUAAUAGUUAAAAUCUCACUAAACAAUAGAUAAACUUUGGCCAAAUGUCCCCAACCAUUUUCUCCUCCAGACUAGUUUAACCUUCUGUUUUUCUUUUUCUCACUAUUAUUAGUAGUUUUAUUAGUGUUACAGCACGUUUUUGCACCACAGCCUCUAUUUUGUUUGCAUCUGCUUCCCCAUGAAAUCUGCUCCAUCUGUGACGUUAAUCUUUAAUGCUAAUACUGUCCUGUAGUAUGUGAAGUGUCGGUAUUUCGUUUACUUUAUCAUAGUUAUUCAGAAGAAUAUCUGCGAAACAAGUUUCUCUUUGCGUAUGUGACGCAACCUGAUUUCAAUAUCUGUUAGCAUUUUAAAACUUUAGCUUAGCAUAAAGACUGGGGGGGAAAAAACAGUGAAACAGCUAGCGCCUCUACAGAUAAUUAGCAUCUUAAAUCAAAGUUCUAGUUGUGUAAGUAUCCAUUCAGCAUAGGAUUGUUCAGGCCGUAGCUUAGCAUUUACAUAUUACACACAAGAGAUUAGUUUAAAAUUUCUCCUAACUCUCCACAAGAAAGCAAACAAGCACAUUUCCCAAAACUGUUGAUUUAAGCUGCGAUAUUUAUCAUCUCUGUUGUAUUUAUUUCCCGCUGAUUUUUCCCCGAAAGUCACCGGGUUCAAGCUAAUUAGUUCUUGCUAACACAAACAUCUCGAUAUCGGAGCGGCUUCCCAACGGCUGCAUCUGUUUGUCUGAUUUCUCCGGAUUGGACCCGGUUGGCCUCAUUGGAACAAUAUGUGUGGUGACAUUUGGGGAUUUGGGUUCUGGUUCUGUGAAAGCUCUGGUUUCAGACCGUCGUUUGUCAAUCUGAUGCUUUAUCCUUUCUGUUUUGUUUUAGUUUUUGAUGAUUAAGAAGAUGUGAGCCUGUUUUGGGUUGAGUAAGUUGAUGAAAAGUGUGGUGCUGUGUUAAUUUCUGUCCUUUUUUGUGUGUUUUUGUGGCAUGUUUUUAAUCAUAUGUGUAUUUUUGCAGCUGUUUCUGUCAAAACUGCUUAGAAAAAGAUGUAUUUUGUCUUU